GUUUUACUACAGACUUUGAGUUCAUGGGAGGAAGUCACUGAGAUUGGGAAUCGCACUUCAACUGCGCUCAGGACCGGGAAUUAGAAACCAACCAAACCCAAGCUGAGGAAGGGAAGGAGUCUGAGCGUCUCAUCUGGAUUUAUUCGGAAAAAGAGAAAUAUAUAUAUAUAUAUAAUCUAAGUUUGGGAAUAUGGACUGAGUGGCGCAGAUGGAGGCGGCGAGAAGUUUGGUGUUGGUCGGGGCCAUUCUGCUCGGAGCGACGGGCGCUUUGAGCCGGGAAGUUUGUCUGGGUACAGACAUGAAACUAGCCCUGCCCUCCAGCCUGGAAAAUCACUACGAGACCCUGAGGCUGCUCUACACCGACUGCCAGGUUGUCCAUGGUAACCUGGAGAUCACACACCUCAGUGGGAACCCAGACCUCUCCUUCCUGCAGGGGAUCGUAGAGGUGCAGGGCUAUGUCCUCAUUGCACAUGUCUCAGUGAAGCUGGUGCCUUUGGACAACCUUCGGAUCAUAAGGGGCAGCCAGCUGUACAGCUCCAACUAUUCACUGGCUGUCCUGGACAAUCAAGGGCUGGAGACGCUCCGGCUCCGUAGCCUCAAAGAGAUCCUGUUGGGUGGGGUUUCUAUUUGGGGCAACCCCCAGCUGUGCUUCCCGGACCCUCAGAGUAUCGAUUUGAGGGACAUCUUGGACGAGCAGAAUACCCCCCACCACAGAGAACUUCGUCUGCAGUCUCGAGCCCCUAACUGUGCAAACUGCCAUCCUGCGUGUGAGAACAGGUGCUGGGGGGAAACGGAGCAGGACUGCCAAACGCUGACCAGAAUAAUCUGCUCUGGCUGUCAGCGAUGCAAAGGCCGUCUUCUUAGCGACUGCUGUCACAAGCAGUGUGCGGCCGGGUGCACUGGACCCAAAGACUCGGACUGCUUGGCGUGUCGUCACUUCAACGACAGCGGACUUUGCAAAGAGGCGUGUCCUCCGGCCACCAUCUACGACACGGUCAUCUUUCAGUCCAAACCCAACCCCGACAAGAGGUUCAGCUUCGGAGCCACCUGUGUCAAGAAGUGUCCCUAUAACUACCUUGCUAUGGAAGUGGCCUGCACCUUGAACUGUCCCCAAAACAGCAAGGAAGUCAUCGUCAAGCAGCCGGACGGCACGGAGACGCAGAAAUGCGAAAAGUGUGAAGGGGACUGUGCCAAAGAUUGCAACGGCAUGAGUCUGGACAGCGGCGGCGUGGCAACGGUAACGGCUGACAACGUGGCGCAGCUCAGCAAGUGCACCAAGAUCUUUGGAAGUCUGGCCUUCCGUGCUCGGAGCUUUGCCGGGGACCCUGUCACCAAAACACCCGGCCUGACGUUGGAGCAGCUCAGAGACUUCAGGAAGCUGGAGGAGAUUACAGGUUAUUUGUACAUUGAUGCCUGGCCAGAGAAGUGGAGCAACCUCUCCGUGUUUGAGAACCUGAAGGUGAUCCGAGGCAGGAUGCUCUACAUGGGGGUGUUUUCACUGGCCAUCCAGAACCUACACAUCCAGUCGCUCGGUCUGCGUUCACUGCGCAGCGUCAGUGGAGGCCUGGUGUUGUUGUACAACAACUCUCAGCUGUGCUACACAGAUUCGGUGCCCUGGGACACUGUCCUCCAUCCCACCCAGGGCCCCCAGCACAUCGUCGGCCUCAACCGAGACCCCAAAGUGUGCGAGGCGGAGGGACGGGUUUGUCAUCCACUGUGUCAGGGGGGCUGUUGGGGUCCAGGGCCCGGCCUGUGCGCAGCUUGCAAGUCGUUCCAGCGUGGCACCGAGUGUGUGGAGCAGUGUGAUGUCCAUCAGGGAGCUGUUCGUGAAUACCCUGAUGGAUCUUUGUGCGUCGCCUGUCAUGCAGAAUGUCGACCUCUAAAUGGCACUGCCUCCUGCCACGGCCCUGGUGCAGAUGAUUGUACCGAGUGUCUGCACCAUCAGGACGAAAGGUUUUGUGUGGAACGAUGUCCCAGCGGAGUGAAGGAAGAUCAACAGAUCGUGUGGAAGUACAGCAACGCUACAGGACACUGCCUGCCCUGCAACACUAACUGCACGGUGCCCUGCACCACGAUGGAUGAGAGAGGUUGCCCGCUCGAUACCAAGACAAGUUCGGGCACGACCAUCGCUUCUGCUGUCACUGGAGUUGUGCUCGUCAUCAUCCUGCUGGCUCUGCUGUUCUUUUAUGUGAGACGACACAAGAGGAGGACCAGGAAGCUGACGGUGAGAAGAAUACUGCAGGAAAACGAGCUGGUGGAGCCGUUAACACCCAGCGGCGCGUCUCCGAAUCAAGCUCAGAUGCGAAUCCUGAAGGAGACGGAGUUAAAAAAGCUCAGACCUCUUGGUGCAGGGGCCUUUGGGACUGUUUACAAGGGGGCGUGGACUCCUAAUGGAGAAAAUGUAAAAAUACCUGUGGCCAUUAAGGUGUUGCGGGAGAACACCUCACCAAAGGGCAACAAGGACAUUCUUGAUGAGGCGUAUGUGAUGGCGUCAGUCACCAGCCCUUAUGUGUGUCGUCUCCUGGGGAUUUGUCUGACGUCCGCCGUGCAGCUGGUCACUCAGCUGAUGCCGUACGGCUGCCUACUCGACUACGUCAGGGAGAACAAGGACCGCAUCGGUUCUCAGUCUCUCCUCAACUGGUGUGUCCAAAUUGCCAAGGGGAUGAGUUAUCUGGAAGACAUCCGGCUGGUCCACAGAGAUCUCGCUGCCCGCAACGUUUUGGUGAAGAACCAAAACCACGUGAAGAUCACGGACUUCGGCCUGGCCCGUCUGCUGGACAUCGACGAGACGGAGUAUCACGCUGAUGGAGGAAAGGUGCCGAUUAAAUGGAUGGCGUUGGAGUCUAUUCUGCACAGGAGGUUCACCCACCAGAGUGACGUCUGGAGCUACGGGGUGACAGUUUGGGAGCUGAUGACGUUCGGCGCCAAGCCGUACGAUUCCAUCGCGGCGAGGGACAUCCCAGAACUGCUGGAGGGCGGCGAGCGUCUUCCCCAGCCCAAUAUCUGCACCAUCGACGUCUACAUGGUCAUGGUCAAAUGUUGGAUGAUCGAUCCAGAGAGCAGGCCCAAGUUUAGGGAACUGGUUCAGGAGCUUAGUGCCAUGGCGAGAGAUCCGUCUCGCUUUUUAGUCAUCAAGAAUGACGACGAGAGGAGCACAUGCAGCCCGGUGGACAGCCAGUUUUACCGCAUGCUUCUGGAGGAGGGGGACAACAUGGGGGACAUAAUGGACGCCGAGGAGUAUCUGGUCCCGCAGCCCAACAUCUUCCCCAGAGCCAGCGGAGACGACGCCGCGGCUAACGGGCCGUCCAGGCACCAGUCCUACAGGAGCAGAGAUCAAGCUCUGGAUGCUGACACCUCUCCCACCGGUGGUCCUCCAAGCAUGUACUCCUCUUUGAGCACGCUGGGCCGCUACCCCACCCUACCAGAGGGAGCAAGCGCAGCUAACGGCCCGUGGCCUCAGCUAGCUCGCAGCAUGUCGGCAGGAGACCAGUCUGACUCCGUCUUCCUGGAGGUGAUCCCAGAUGGACAAUCGUUGACCCCCUCCAGCCCAGGACGCUACUCCAAAGACCCCACCUACCACAACGGGAUCCAGUGCAACCCGGAAGCCGACGGGACGGACGGCUUUCCUCAUCCUAACCACCUUCACCAAACCCUGCCCAGGAGGAGUCAUGCCAGCAGUCAGAAAAACGCCAUGCCAGAGUAUGUAAACCAGGAGAUGCAGAAUCCCAGGCCGGCGAUCCCAGAUCGGCCCACCACGCUUCCACGCAAAGCCUCCAGGGUGGACAGAAGACUCCCCAACGGCCUCGGCUCCGGUCACAGCGUUGAAAACCGUGGAUACCUAAUCCCUGUCAACUCCACCUCCCCUGCUUUCGACAACCCGUACUACCUGGACCUGGGGGACAGACCGCAAGCCGCUCCCGACGGCGCAACGGGAAACGGCCCCGGAGCAACGGAGAGCAAUGGGAACGUUACCAGGCAUGUCAACGGGUUUGUGACCCCCACUGCGGAAAACCCAGAGUAUCUCGGACUGGCAGAGACCUGGACCGGUCAUAGUUGAGGAGAAGGAAAACUAUCAGAGUUCUUCUAAGGGAAAAAUUGGAGACGGUUAUAGAACUGAGUGGGAUACUUGUUUGGAUGUGAGCACAGAUUGGCCACAUCGAUGUGGGGAGGCUAACCUCGACACAUUGUAGCGUUAAUAUGGUGUCUGUGACAUCGUGUGGAUUCGUCAACAAUCUGGGACAGUUCAGUGGAAAACCGAACACAUUACGACGAGAGUCUGAUAAACACAGUGACACUUUUUCAGAUGUCUCUCUUUUUUUUUUUUUUUUUUCCUACAUAUGAAGCAGUUCUUGUAAUUUUUUUCCCCCCCUCAGCUCCCGCAGACAAAAUGAACUCCGAUGGCCAUUGAGGAUUAGUGUUUAAUAUUCUGGUCACUUUCGUCCGGGCCUGACGAGGGUCUCUAGUACCCUCAAAGCCAUUUUGUCUCAAACAGAGAAGCCCCUGCAGCCCAUCUGGCCUGUGGGCAUGCUCCCUGAAAGAAAGGCAUCCCUGUAUGGCAAAGACAGCGGCUUUGUGCCGCUCUGAUGUAUGGGGCCGUCAGCGGCUGUGGCUGCAGCUACUACUGUGUGAGGUACGACGAGUAGACUUCGUAAGCUGUGUAAAAUAUAUUGUUUUAUAGGAGAUUAAUAUCUAAAUCAUGCAAGAAAUUUGCCUAUUCCAAGCUUGUGCUGACCCGUUGAGCCAUGCCCGUUAAGCUGUAAUGGAUAUUGCACAAAAUGUUGAAGGGUUUUGCCUCCCUUUAGGAAGCAAGAAAAGCAGACGCCUGCAGGACGAUGCAUUCAGAGGAGACAAAACAGUCGCUCUGGCUCAUUUGGAUAAUCGAUGCAUGGUUCAAAUUCCAGUCACUGAGAACUCGCUUGCCUCCCAGUUAAUAAUCAACAGCUUUUAUGUUUUUUUUUUUUUUUCUUUUUUUCUUCAUGCUAACUGGUGUUUGGCGGAGUGGAAAGUUGAAGCCGAUUCAAUGGAGCCUUUGUCUGACCUCCCAUUUCCUGGUUGUCAAUGCUUUCCUUACAUGUCCCAGAGGAGAAAGUAGUGACCUAAUGAACGACGGCUUCUGAGCUUUUUAAACCUUUCUGAGACGAUUGUGUUAUCCUUGUUAUGAUUAAAGGAUGUUAUAAGCAGGAGGCUUAGAUAUUUCCUGAAUGUAUCCACCCACCCUGUCUGUGUCAGAUCUCAUGUUUAAUACGGGUUUUGAAGAGUUUUGUUUCAGAAUGAUGUAAAAAAAAUUUAAAUAUUUUAGAUUUUUAGUCUAUAACAUGUCAGGGAUUCGCUUUCAAUGACUUCAGUUUUUUUUUUUAUAAGAUUUAUAUAACAUUUUUUUAAUGUUACAUAGACAAUGUAACUAGGGGAAUUGGGGAGGAAAAACCCUUCAUACAGUUGGAGAUAAAGGUGUUGCCACAUCUGGUAAAGAUGUGUAAAAAAAAAAAAA